CUCCGGUGCGGUGGAUAAAAACCGACGACCCAUGGGGGCGCCAUAAACCUCCUCUCCUUAUGUACUCCGUCUUCUUCGGCUAUCAGUUUGACCAUUUUACCCUUCUCUUCCAUUCCAAGUAAACCCAAAUUCUCUCUUCUCCUCACAAAUUUUGAAAAUUCUGAAAUUUGCUGAUUCUCUCCGACACCAACAAAAGUCUCUUGUUUCUUUUUUUAUUCGUUUGCUUUCUACAUUCAUGGUCGUUUAGAUUUGUCGCCGCGUGGUUCAAUUCCUACGGCGAUCUGUUCAAUUCUCUCUCUCUCUCUCUCUCUCUCUCUCAUUUUUUUCAGUGAUCGCGAGGUGGCUGAUUCUACGUUUAAUUGAAGAUUAGAGUGCAAUAAUCGGGUGUUAAGAUGGGGAAUAGUGAAGAAACAAAAUGUGUUUUCCCCUUGACGAGUCUCCAGAUCGGAGACAUGCAAUCAUAUAUUUCUGACCUCAGCAUAUUCAUGGGGAAUAAAAGUAAAAAAACGUACAUAUUUGUGGACAACCAGCCAUGGUCUAAUCCCGGCAUCCGAUCUGCUCACUUAUGGCAGAUAGUGGUUACAAAUUAUAGACGCUCCCCUUUUGCAAACAAAGGUCGAGAGGAGAAGAAAAAGCAGGAGGAUGGGGAUGCAGAGGAGGAGAAGAAGAUAACUAAAGAGGCGUGUUCCCAGCAAAACAAUAAGAAAACGGAUAAUGUUAAGAAAUGGUACUCCUUGAUCGAUGCGACAACGUUUUCUAAGAAGAAACUACCUGCAAAGAAACUGGACGAGACCUUCUACGGUUUCAUCGUGUUUGAAGUUGAAUGGGCCAAUGUGAGGGGUAUCAGUUACUUUAAUGAGCUACAGAUAGACACUUCUCUUGCUAUAGAAGCUAAGUUGAUGCGAAGGUGGGAGUUUGAGAGUAUCGAUCACGCUGUAACAAACAUGUCUCAAUGGUUCUCUGGAUCAAAACCUGAAGGAUCUUGCUUAAUGGAAUAUCUUGAUCCAUCCAAAGGAGAGGUUUUUCAUGACGCUUCAGUAAAUUUCUCAAAUUUUGAUGAUGAAGUGGAAACUGACUCUCCUUGCUGUUCAAGAAGUGUCUUCAGCGUUGACCAUUCUAUUGCAGAUUAUGAUGAAAACGAACCCCACACACCGCCUCUCACUGGACCAUACAAGAGAAGAAGAGUAAGUAAAGCAAUCACAAACGGAGAUGAAGUUGACUAUACGGAGGAAACACCCAAAAGUAAAGAUUACUCAUUCGACCACUGGGAAAGCCAUGUACCUGAUGGUGAGACCAUCAUCGAAGCGACACAGUUCAAAGAUGCCCUAGUUCUCGUUAGGUUUGGUGACCGUGACCUCCCCUUCAAAUUGCGAGAGGUUAUAAUGUCCGACAUACGCUUGCUCACUCUACUCGAAGCUGGCCUCCCUUCUUGGGUCUUGUUUCUUCAGUCUUACCCUUGCUUGUGCCAUCUUUACCGUCCCUGGAUGUGUCUUCUCGCCAGAGCACUGUACGUGAUGAUAUCAGUCAUCACCGUUGUGAUUGGCUUCUACGACCUGUACAAAAACGUCCCUGUCCUAAAAGCCACCGCCUCACGUCUCUGCGGACCGCUCUUCGAUUGGGUUGAAACAUGGGACAUGGUGUCACGGAUAAAGUACCUGGGAACGAUGUUGUUUCUCCACAACGUUCAGAAAGCUGUCAGGUGGGGUCUGACGAUGGCGCGUGGGAUGCAGUCGUUCUUCUCUGUACUCGUGAUGCCUCUGGUUAACCCUCUUUUAGAGGUUCUUGGUUUGCUCCUGCCGGUAUGGAACUCGCUUGCGGAGACAGUGUUGAGCUUGGUUUCAGUUGUUUGGUUAGUGAUCGAGUGUGGUUGCAAUCUCGUUGGUGAUGUAGUAGAAGUGGUGCUUUUGCCUAUUUGGUUGAUCGUCACAGUAGUUUGUAACAUCAUAAAUACUGUGUUGCUGCCUCUGUUUUGGAUCUUAUGGGAAGUGUUAUAUGCACCGAUCAGGGUGGUGGUUGCAUUGUCCAACGGUUUAGCUUUAUCCUUCUCAUACAUAUUCGAUGUCGUCGGAGACUUGUGGAGGUACAUGAGCAGCUUAGUGCAGUUUGCAUCAGAUUCUCAAGCAGCUGUGAAGACUUAUGAAGUUUCCAUGUGGCGUACGCUUUGGAACGACCUGUUUUCUCAUGUUUUCCGUGCAGUCAGGAGUAUAUUAAACGGAUUUGUAGCCUUCUUUGCUGCAUGUAACAAACAUCGGCUUAGUAUAUAUAACCACAUACAAGACUUUAUCAAGAGACUACGUGGACGAACCUUAAGAGCUAGAGACUCAAAACAUGAUAGGUCUGCGAAGAACCAUCAACGUACAGGAGAUGAUACGAGAAGGAAGUUGCACCUUGCAUAGAAAGUCACACAAGAAUUUUAAUUCUCUUUUUUUUUCUUUACCGGGAGUGAUAGGUUAUCAGUGUAUUAAAACCUUGCAUAGAAGUCACACUGUGUAUAUAUAGAUAGGUUUUACUCACACACUUGAAUAUGUUUUGUCGCCAGAAAACAUGAAUCCCUAAUCAGCCAAAGGAUGAUGUAUAUACACUGCUUACUAAUGUAUAUAAUAUAAGAAUGAAAGGAAACAUUUGAACACC